AUGGCACCCAUGACUCUUCCUCCUGGAUUCAGAUUCCACCCAACCGAUGAAGAGCUCGUUGCUUACUAUCUUGACCGGAAAAUCAAUGGCCGCACCAUCGAGCUUGAAAUUAUUCCAGAGGUCGACCUCUACAAAUGUGAACCGUGGGAUUUGCCUGAUAAGUCAUUUCUGCCGAGCAAGGACAUGGAGUGGUAUUUCUACAGUCCGAGGGAUAGGAAGUACCCAAAUGGGUCGAGAACGAAUCGGGCAACUCGGGCCGGGUACUGGAAAGCCACCGGAAAAGACCGGGCGGUGAACAGUAACAGGCGUGCGGUUGGGAUGAAGAAGACACUGGUGUAUUAUAAAGGGAGAGCUCCUCAUGGCAUCAGAACCAACUGGGUUAUGCACGAGUACCGGCUCACCGACUCUGUGUGUGGCAGUCCAUCAUCAUCUUUAAAGGAUUCAUAUGCAUUGUGCCGCAUUUUCAAAAAGACAAUCCAAAUACCCAAGAAUAACAAAGAAGAAAAGACAAUUGGGAACACUCUCUUGAACAGAAACAUUUUAGGGAAAGACAAUAGUACUGGCAUUAACAAGGGAGAAGCUUCAAGAGGGAUAGAAGCUGAUCAAGAUUAUGAGAAUUAUUCUAAUCCUGAUUAUCCCAAAUUUCUCUCUGAUACAUCUUCUUCUGAUCUCACUCAAGGAACACCAACUGAAACUGGCAUAGCAGAUGACCUACAAGCUCCAUUUGCUUCUGAUGAAGCUAACAGUUCAGCUAAUCUCUACUCUCUUGGUGCCCACGGCUCCUCAGAUAAUCUAUUUCAGGAUACAUAUAUGCCGAAUGACACAAGCUUCCAGAAUUACCAGUUUCCUUACCCACCUUUAGAACUUGAAGACUUCCCCAUGAUUAACCUAGCUGUAGAGAUGAACACACUGAAGCCCCAAAUCAUGGACGACUACAUCUCAUGCGACAAAUUGAAGGACUACAUGAAUGGAACAUUGGAAGAGAUCUUCUCUUUGUGUUCCUCCCAGGAAAACAACCAUGUUGCCCUCCCCAUGCAAGACUAGCUAAGUGCUACAGUAGCUAACACCCAUAUAUCUUCAAAUAUACUACAAUUCAUUGACACAAAAAAGGUAGGAGUUAAAAUUGGUUUCGGCUAAAUAACCAGAAGUGGUGUGGAUCGAUUAUAUGUGCAUGCCAGCAAUGAUAUCAUCAUGAUAAGGCUAUAUAUAUGUAAUGGACUUCACAAUAUAGAAUGACGAUGAGUCAAAGCAUACACUUUUUUUGUUUGUUCUUUUUGUAAUUUUCCUUUUGAUUUUCCCCCCUUUUCUCAUAUUGUUGGU